CCCAGCCCCGGGCCGGGCUGGAGGCGGGAGGUUGCUCCGCUGGGUGGACCUCCUCGCUGCCGGCGGCGGCGACUGCUCCGUGUCCAGGCUCGUCCUGGGAGGAAGAAUCUCCGACGGGGGUCUGCAAGCGAGCCCAGCGCCUGCCGCGAGUGGGCAGCCUUCUUUAGACCUCCAAGGUUUUGCCAAGUUUUCUCCUGAGCAUUCAAAGAAGCCAACAGAAUGGUACACGGCCAAGGCGGAGUCAGAUUCCAGAACUGGGCUAAGACCUACGGCUGCUUGCCAGAACUGUGUUUCCAGCCAGCAACGGUGGAGGAGAUCAAAGAGAUCUUGGAUCUGGCCAGGCAGAGAAGCAAGAAGGUGAAAGUGCUGGGUGGAGGACACUCCCCUUCAGACAUCGCCUGUACAGAUGACUUCAUGAUCCAGAUGGGAAGGAUGAACAAGGUUCUCAAGGUGGACAAAGAGAAGAAGCAGGUGACUGUGGAAGCCGGGAUCCUCCUCUCUGAUUUGAACGCAGAGUUGAGUAAACACGGCUUGGCCUUGCCCAUUCUUGGAGCUGUUUCGGAUGUGACAGCUGCUGGAGUCAUCGGCACCGGCACGCACAACACAGGCAUCAGACACGGCAUUUUGGCUACCCAGGUGGUAGCUUUGACGCUGCUUACGGCUUCUGGAGAUAUCUUGGACUGCUCCGAAUCCUUGAAUCCUGAACUCUACCAAGCUGCCCGUGUACACCUAGGCUGCUUGGGCAUUGUCCUCACCAUGACUUUCCAGUGUGUGUCGGAGUUCUGCCUGCAAGAGACCACCUUUCCAUCCACACUCAAGGAGGUCCUGGACAACCUGGACAGUCACCUGAAGAAAUCAGAGUAUUUCCGUUUCCUGUGGUUCCCUCACAGUGAAAAUGUCAGCGUCAUCUACCAAGAUCACACCAACAAGCCUCCCUCUUCCUCAGCUAACUGGUUUUGGGACUAUGCCGUUGGCUAUUACCUGCUGGAGUUCCUUCUCUGGAUCAGCACGUUCCUGCCCUUCCUGGUUCCCUGGAUCAACCGCUUCUUCUUCUGGCUCCUCUUCACCAGCAACGUGGAAAAUAGCAACUUGAGCUACAAAAUCUUCAACUACGAGUGCCGUUUCAAGCAGCAUGUGCAGGAUUGGGCCAUCCCCAUUGAGAAAACCAAGGAGGCCCUUCUGGAGCUGAAGGGGAUCCUGGAGAGCAACCCCAAAGUGGUAGCCCACUACCCGGUGGAGGUGCGCUUCACCCGGGGGGACGACAUCCUGCUGAGCCCCUGCUUCCAGAGGGACAGCUGCUACAUGAACAUCAUCAUGUACAGGCCCUAUGGGAAGGAUGUCCCACGCCUUGACUACUGGCUUGCCUACGAGGGCGUCAUGAAGAAGGUUGGGGGAAGACCACACUGGGCAAAGGCCCACACAUGUAUCCGGAGGGACUUUGAGAAGAUGUACCCCGGCUUCCAGAAGUUCUGCUCCAUCAGAGAGAAACUGGACCCCAGAGGGAUGUUCCUGAAUGCCUACCUGGAGAAGGUCUUUUACUGAGAGACGGAAUGAAGGACGUGGCAAUGCAGGUGGCAGGGGAACUCCUCCUCACAAGGAUGUCUCCAGUGUUUAUUUUCAUGAUGGACAGGAAACAGCCCAUUAACAAGCUAGGAGACCAAACUAAGCUACCAGGAGACAUGUUUAGCUCAUAGAAAUACUUUUAUUGUUUCCCAGUCUACAAGAUUUAAUUAGAGAGAGAGAGAGAGAAAAUCCAAACAGUAAUAGGGGCAAUAACCUCGGACUAACUAAAAGAUCGAGAAGCAAGCAAGCUUUUGAAUUCAUCAAAACUGUCCAUGAAGCUAGAUUUUACCUUGACAAUCUCAUAAUAAUAAUGAGGUGAGAGAUUCCUGUGGCAGAGAAAGGUGAAAAAAUGGGGCACGCAUAAUCCAAAUUGCAGCACACGCCUAUCAUGUUUACUCAGAAGUACAGUAAGUUCCACUUCUGAACAGUGCUUUUGAAAUUAAGUAGCCCUUUAGAAUUACUCCCGAGUAGUACUACUGAGUAACCUAAUCUGGAUGUCAGCCACUGUUUUACUCCCUAGUAAGUGCACUGCAUUAGGCAACGCUUUGCUUGCUGCAAAAUAUCCCAGGUUACACCGAAGCCGGCAGGGACAGAGGAGCGGUGGAUGCUCUUCCUCAGAAAUGAUUGAAAGGUGUACAGUUCUGUCCCCAGCACUAACCAGAAUGGUUCCUUCAGGGGUUUUCCUAAUGGAUCAGUUAGCUGAGGAACUGACCUGCAAAAGAGUCUCUCCUCUCCUGAGGAACAACCGGCAUCAUCAUGUGUUUUCUCUUCCUAUUAAACUGCUUCUGUGUACCCA